GACCAGGGGGACACGGACACGACCUCCACAUGGACGUGGCUAAGUUGGCAAGGUUCCUCUGCGACUCCUACAUCUUCAUGGAAGAUGGGGUGACUUCCAACCCAUCGUCUGCCUCCUCUACAAGACCGUCCCCGUCCGUCUCUGUGGAAGAUGGGGUGACUUUCACUGGGUGGUUGUCUUGGUCUGCGAGUUCCUCCAUUACGACGUCUUCCACUACAGUGAUACCAAAUGCGGGGCUCUUUCCGGUUGUACGUGAGAUAGUGCCACAUGAAGAAGGAGAUGAAGAUGAGGACGACCUGCUGCACCUCAUGCAGCUCACAGGCGCGGAAAGGCAGAGUUUGGAGGAGCAGGGUGUACCACAAUCGCAGAUUCAAAGGAUUGAGAACCUGCUCUCCCAAAUCCACACUCACCAAGAAGGUGGUACGGGGCCUGAGGCGCGCUGGGCCCUUGCGCGGCUCAUCAGACGUAUGGAAGAUGGACUGGAAUCAGUGGAGGCGGCCAUCGUGAUCAUGGCGCGGUGGAAUUUCUUUAGCUGGGUGAGCCAAUUCGCCACAAUGACCACACGCAUUGUGGAGCAUCACAUGGCUACGCCCCUACGUGGCAGUGAGACACAGGUAGACCACAGCCUUCCACAUCGAGGAGACGUGGUCGCAGCCGGAGCAGAAGUCCUAGGUAUAUGGAGAGACCCGCCGCUGGUAGACCUCCGUGCGGACGAGUCCCUGUUCGGUGGCGCCAGCGGUUCCGGCAGACGCUUUCUGUGGAGUGACUACUUCGUCUUGGUUCAUGUCUGUGGGUCUGAUCACCAUGGAUGCCAUGACAGGGCCCUCUCCCGUCUGCACCUUGACGACAACUACGACCUUCCCUGGGGUGAACUGUGUCGCUAUGUCUUCGACCACUACCACGACGUCACGGGGAGUGCGGACACUGUGGAUGUGCUACGUCGUUUGCAAGAUCGGCAGCGCCAACUACGUCGCUGUAUGGGCCUGGUGGAUACGGCCAUGGAAGAAUGCUAUGGGAAGUCAUCGACCGUGAAGCUCGCCGUGGAUCGCGCCCUCUGUCACCUCGCAGCUUGGGAUUGGUGGAACCACAGGCAGUACUUCUCCAACCGCUGCUACCUCGGAACCUCGAUGACCUUGAACGUAGUCUGCCAGGGGUGGAACCACAAACGAUCGCGGGCUAUCGACGUCGUGCAUGGCGUGCACAUAUCGAUGCACUGUAUGGGAGAGCUGGACGAGAGACACCGCGGGGACGCUGGCCUGAUGAACAUGAUCGUGACCUUUACUUGUUACAGAUGCAUGAAGAACAGGUUGAAGUUGACCGACAUGUUUCGGUGGGUGGUAUGGGCUCUGGAGGCGUCGGUGUCGUUCGUAGUGAUGAAGGGAAUGAAGGUCGUGAACCAGGGCAAAGUAGCAACAGUAUGGCCAGGGUUGAACGCAGCCGUAGUCGCGACGAUCGGGGAAGAGACGAGUCGGCGGAAGAGGAAGAUCGCCGCCAUGACCCUGGACCCAUUGAAGGAGUCCGAUCCUCGCACGUUUCAACAAAUCCGAGCUGCCGCCUCUGGCGAGGCUGGAAGUGCAGGGGAAGGUUUCUCCAAUUUCAUGGAGAAGGUUGACAGUGUUGGCUUUGCUAACAUUGUCUGCAGGGCCGGUAAGGUAUUCGCAUCCUUGGUUAAGCUCACUGUUUGUCCAAACACGAAGCUAGGACCGGUGCAGGACAAGCUGGUUCCCUUCAAUUUGCCAGCCUGCCCUCCACUUCAGCUGAGGAUCAUUCAGGCUCCGUUGAACGGCAAUGAUGGCUUCAAGUUGCAAGCUUUGGAGGAAGAGUCGGAGGAGACGGCCAGCGAGACGUUCGUCACGAAUGCCGGAACUUCGAGAGGUUCUGUGGUGGCGCAAGUGCAGACGCAGGGUCCAAAGCUGCGGCCGUUGUACGACCCCCUGGAG